CGGGUAUACAGGGAUACUCGAUCGGGUACCCCUGCGGAUAUAACCCCAAAUACACCCAAAACACUUCAUCUUCCCCAACACUCUCCAAAAUUUCGAACCCCCUCUCCCCCAAACUCCAUUUUCAACCCUUCUCUCUACCAUAUCUCUCUCAAUUCUCCACCAAAUCAACCCAUUCCACCACCAAAAUACUCCCUUCACUCUCCUCUCCAUAUCUAUACCCAAAAAUCCCAUUUUCCCCAAACUUCCACCAAAUCCCAAAAACCCUACCCCCAUUCGAAUUCUUGCCUCUUUAAACUCAAAAGCUUCAAAAAAAUGGCUCCAAGGAAGAAUAGGGGAGAGAGCUCAAUCACCAUAGCACCUAUCCCGGGCUUUGAAGACAUCAUUCCCGCCGACGCCGAACACAGAACUAGACUCCUAUCAACAACAAAAAGGCAAGUAAAACCUUCCCGUUUUCUUUGCCAUGAUGCUCUACGAGAAUUAGGAGUCUAUAAGAGUUGUAGAAAAUUCUUUCAUGCAUUAGAUAUGGACCGUAUUUUCAAUAUGAAAUACAAUUCUAAUGAACGGAUUAUCUACGAAUUCUUGAGUUCGGUGAACUUUGAAAGUGAUGAGGCGGAUUUUAGGGAUGAUAGACUCGAGUUUCGUCUGUUUAACCGAAACUAUUCAAUAACGAAACUCGAGUUUGCUGAACAUUUUGGCAUCCCAGUGCCCUACGAGAGAUCCAUUUCGGAUAAUACCAUGUUCGGGCACACCCUAUGGACAAGAAUGACUGGGGAAGUGAACUUUAGUUCCUCCCAAAUGUAUAUUAGUCAUGUCCAACACCCCGUCUUCCGGUUAUUCUUGAAAUUCCUAGCCAAUUGCUUGCUUGGCCGUCCCAACAACCAUCACACUAGAAUCGGGGACGUUUGUUUGAUGUCUGUGGCCCUAUUCCGUCGUCGCGUAGACUUUAAUCUAUGCAAUCUCAUGUGGGCACAUCUGAAAAAAGAAAGCAUAGCCAAAGGAGCCAUUGUUUUGGGAGGGGUAAUUAUGCACUUGGCCGGUAAAUUCGGGUAUACGGAUAACUCUCCUAUACCCGACUAUUGUUUGAUGGACAUAGGUUGGCUAGGCCGAUCAGGCUGCACCUCUUUUUCUCAUACAGUGUACAUUGGGGACCGACCAAAACACAUGUACAACUGGAUCAUACACGUCCAACCGGUCCAAUACUUCCUCAUGCCAAACCCCGACACCCCCAAAAUCAUCUACAGGCCAGAGUUCGACGUGCCCCAUUUCCUAUUCCCACACGCCCUUCCACCACAUCUCCAAGAACCGCAAGCCCAAGAUCCCCCCGAAGACCAACCCGACCAAGAGCCUCAACCCGAGUACCAAGAACCCGAGGUUGCACAUCACCACAUGCCCGAACCAAACCAAGCUUCCCCACCUCCCGAUUACUUCCAACAACUGCUUGACGGAUUUAAUAGAGUUACUAAUGAAGUUGGUAAGUAUCGAGAGGAACAAAGGGCGGGAUUUCAAAGGCUAGAGGAGCAACGGGCCGAAUACAACCGAAGGUAUGAAGAAGAUCAACGUAGGUUCUAUGGACCUAUGUAUUCCUACAUGGCUCAUCAAGGCCAAUUCCACACCAUGGCUCAACCACCACCACCCCCCUCUUGGUAUGACCCCACUCAAUGGGGCAACUUUGGAGGAUCGAGCUCCGGGGGUGGCGGUUUUGAUGGCGGGGAUGACGGUGGCGAUACUCACAUGGGCGAUGGGAGCUAUGGAGGCGGCUUUGGGGGCAGUUACUAUGGCGGAGAAGGCGGGCACUAGGGACAGUGCUUCAACUAAGUGUGGGGGAGGAGAUUACUCAUGGAACUCAUUUGAUCUCUUGAAGAGAAAGAGGAGAAGGCAAAAAAAGAAGAGGCAAGAAGAUGGAGCAUAGAAGAUCAUAAAACCCAAGAAAAAAAUGUUGUUUUGUAAAAUCAUUUUCUUAUUUCUUGGUGAUCUUAGUUCCUUUCUUUCUUGAACUCAUGGAAUGAUCUUAAACUGUUUGAAACAUUUGACUUUACUCGAGGACGAGUAAAGAACUAAGUGUGGGGGAGUUGAUACGUUUGUAAUUUCCGUGUGUUUAUUUACGUUUUUAGUUAGUUUUGGUUGUUUAAUAUUUCGGAAAUUACACACUUUUGGUGUAAUAGUUAGUUUGUUAAAAUCUUGUAAAUUGUUUAGAUUAGGUUUAUUCUGAGCUUAAACAGGUCCAAGAUCAAUCAAAUGAUCAAUGGUGAAGGAAGGUGCAAGAGUACAAGACAAAAAGAAGGAAAAAUUCCUGAUUUUGGGGUAUACUCGAUCGAGUAUACCUUAUACUCGAUCGAGUACCAAUACUGAUUUUCAAGGAUCCGAUCCGGGAACAAAUGAACAUGCAAGGAAAGAUUUGGCCACGUUCUAUUGUCAUACCCGAUCGAGUACACCGACAUACUCGAUCGGGUAUACAUAUAAAAUCUACUCGAGUAUUGAUCGAGUAUUGACCGAAUUCUGAUUUCUACACAUACUCGAUCGAGUAUAUGUAUAUACUCGAUCGAGUACUCGGCCUGCACCUCAAAAAGCCUAUAAAUACACCUCCUUUCCUUCACUUUAAACACCAAUUCCUAUAUACUCUUAAGCUCAGUUUAGAAUAGCAUUUCUCUAUAUUUCUUUUAGCAUGUUUAGUCUCCAAAUGAGGAGCUAAACUUCCAUUUCUUGGUAUUGCUCUUGAAGCUUGUUGAUUAUUAAAGUUGUGAGUUAUUUUUCUUAACUUCU